CUCUUAUGCCAAAAGCAUAUAGUAAAUAAUAAUCUGAAAUGUUGUAGUCUUGCAUUAAAAGUAUGUAAAGUCUUACCAUGUGUCAAUUAUAAUUCGAAUGUACACUAUUGCAUUCAAGCAAUUGAGAAGUUACCGAGAGAUCCAAACGAUAGAAAACAAUAUAUCGAUAUGAUGGCACAAAAAAAAAUAGACGAGAUUUUAAAAGAUCCGCAGUUUCAGCAGAAAAAGAAAAUUUUUGAUAUGGAAAUACAAAACUGGAGGGAUAGUGGUUAUAAUAUGCCUCUGGAGAUAAGACCACGAGAUUGGGUUCAACUACUUAGGUUGAAGAGUCUACAUCAGCGAAGGAAAUUUCUCAAUUAUCUCUUUUUAACGGAAAAAAAGGUAGAGAAGAAAAAAGAAAUAAAAGAUAAAAAUAGGCUAGAGUAUGAAAGCAAACUGAGUGUUAAAAAAGUUAACGAUGAUCACCUAGAGUAUGGAAUUGGAAAUAAUUUUAUGAUAAGAAGGGUUACCCCUUCGGUAAUGAGUAAAUUAUAUGUAUGGAAUUGUCUCAAGGGGUAUAUGUUUGGAAAUAAAAUAAUCUUCGAUUGCAGUUUUAGCAAAUAUAUGUCCAUACAUGAAAGCCGAAGCUGUGCCAGACAGUUCAUAGAGUGUUAUGCUGCUAAUCGGCUUCAUAAUUUUCCAUUUCAUAUAUAUAUGUGCAAUGUUGAUGUAUCGAGUGAUUUUAUAGAGUUUCUUCAUAGGUAUAUUCCAACAUUAUUUGACGUUGAUUUUCCAAUGACUAUUACAACAAAAACUUAUUUAGAACUAUUUGACAAAAGUGAAUUAGUUUACUUAUCAUCGAAUAGUCAUGUUGAAAUGACAGAAUAUAAUCCUAAUAUCACUUAUAUAAUUGGAGCUUUUGUUGAUAAGGGUGAUAAACAACCAAUUUCACGUGCCAAAGCAAUCAAAGAUAAUAUAAAAUAUGUGAAAUUACCUCUGGACAAAUAUCUUCGAUUCGGCGAUGGUUCUGGCAAAGAUUUAACAAUAAAUCAUGUUUACAAUAUUAUGCUCGAUGCGCAAAUUAAAGAUUGGAAAGAUGCUUUGAAGCAUGUACCUUCAAGAAAGUUGUAUAGUAGUAGAAUAAUAUCAUUAGAAAACAAAGUGAAAAGCGAAAUGUUAUUAAAAAGCUUGACGGUUAAGGAUAAUGUAGAUGACAUAAAUGAUAGAAAUAAAUUAGGAGAAAGCAGGAAUAAAUUUUUUAAAAUCUACGUAUCUCUUAUGGUGUAG